UCCUUAUUUGGAAGGGAAAGAUGGCGGCUCGGAACGGGAAGAGCGGGCUCCUGGAGAAAUGGAGGAUCGACGAGAAGCCGGUGAAGAUCGAUAAAUGGGAUGGAGCAGCGGUGAAGAACUCACUGGAUGAUGCUGCAAAGAAGGUGCUGUUGGAGAAGUACGGUUACUUGGAGAACUUCCAGCUGGUGGACGGCCGGCUGCUAAUCUGUACGGUUUCCUGUCUGUUUGCCAUGCUGGCGCUGGUCUGGGACUACCUGUACCCGUUCCCCGAGUCCAGGCCGGUCCUGGCCUGCUGCGUCAUCUCGUACUUCAUCAUGAUGGGCAUCCUGACGCUGUACACAUCCUACAAGGAGAAGAACAUCUUCCUGGUGGCUUUGCAGAAAGAUCCAGCCGGGAUGGAUCCGGAUCACAUCUGGCAGCUGUCGUCGUCCCUCAAACGGUUUGACGAUCAGUACACCCUCAGAGUUUCCUUCACGGACGGGAAGACGAAGAAGUCGCGGGACUCGGAGUUCACCAAGUCUGUGGCGACGUUCUUCGACGACAGCGGGACUCUGGUGAUGGACCUGUUUGAGAAGGACGUCUCCAGGCUGCAUGACACGCUGGCCACAGAGAAGAAAUCCAAAUAAGGCGGCGAACCGCCCGUCAGGGAUGGUCCUUUGGUUUCAUUUUGGUCUCUUAACAUCAGAUUCUACCUGAUCUUUAGCUUUUGGGUCAGAACACCAAGGCUUCAGCUUUGUUCCGGUUCAUUUUCAUCACCCCUCCUUUACAUCAUCUUAGUUUGGUUUAAAACAUCCGAGAAUCUGGCUGGUUUCCUCCUUGAGGAGCUCCAGGAGCCUCAUUGAUGAUGCUCCUGCUGCUCCUGCUGCAGGUUCAGGUAGAAUCUGAUGAAUCGGGUCAAACUGAAACCAACCAGUCAGCUGGAAGGAAGCAGGAAGAUUGACGUUUCCCAUUAAACCAAACUCCUUCAGCGGGUAGAGCAGGAGUUAAUCCGCUGUGAAACAAGUUAAAUUCGACCUUCUGGACGUCAUGCUCCUGCUCACAGUCUGAACUUCCUGCUUUGGUUCUAGAGGGGUAUAAUUGGAGCAGCUUCAGGCAAAGGGUUCCCAUCUACAGGUCAUCUAGUUUACUUUGAGAAUAAAUACAAUUCCUCUCUCCCCCCUAAUGAGUUUCAUUUCAAUUUCAAACAUCUGUUUCUAUAAACUGUAAAUGUGCUUAAUAUUCUGCUCAGAAGGCCAAAUCCCAAUGAAGCAUUUGAGUUGUUUCUGGUUUGUGUUUAAAGGGAAAGAUUCCGAUCGGUCGGAUCCCUUCUAAUCGUUUUCCAAUGUCAAUGUUUUCUAGAAGGAAGUGGACUGAAUGUCGACCAAACAGUUAUUUUAUUUUAAAUGUUUUAUGUUUCAUUGUUUUUCUGUUGGUUUUCACCAACACAGCUUACAUCUUUGUAAUGAAAAUAAACUUAUUAAAGGCUUC